AUGGCAGCCCCCUCCGAGGCCCCGGUCACGCGGCAGGUUAGCGGGCACGCCGACCGAGCCCCAGUCCCAAGCGGCCCCGAGAGCUGGCAGCCCCUGGCCGCCGCCGUGGCCGAGCUGCCCGUGCUGGACGCCUCCGGGAGGCCUGUGCCGUUUGGUGAGCUGUUCCGAGAGCGCCGGGCUAUCGUGGUCUUCGUGCGGCAUUUCCUGUGUUACAUCUGCAAGGAAUACGUAGAAGAUCUGGCCAAAAUCCCCAAGAGUUUCUUACAAGAAGCAAAUGUCACUCUCAUAGUGAUUGGACAGUCAUCCUACCAUCAUAUUGAGCCUUUCUGUAAACUAACUGGCUAUUCUCAUGAAAUCUAUGUUGAUCCUGAGAGAGAAAUUUAUAAAAGAUUGGGAAUGAAAAGAGGUGAAGAAAUUGCCUCCUCAGGACAGAGCCCCCAUGUAAAAUCAAAUAUACUCUCGGGAAGCAUUCGGAGCCUGUGGAGAGCAGUGACUGGCCCUCUUUUUGAUUUUCAAGGAGAUCCAGCUCAGCAAGGUGGAACACUCAUUUUAGGUCCAGGUAACAACAUCCAUUUUAUACACCAUGAUAGGAAUAGGUUGGAUCAUAAACCCAUCAACUCUGUUUUACAGCUUGUAGGAAUUCAGCAUGUGGACUUUACAAGCAGACCUUCGGUUAUCCAUGUGUGA